GAAAAGUGUAAUCAUGGCUAACAAAUUUGGACACGCUAUCUCGAAGCUCCUGCAGCUUUCCAAGGGCUAUCUGAAACGCUCACCUGUGCGCCCAAAGUCAAGCUUUUCGGCUCCCAACUGGAUCCCGGGACGUUCAAAAUGGCUGGCUUUCGGUGCUCUGACCGGCGGACUGGGGGCGCUGCUAUACGCCCUGGAUGCGAGUGUGGAUGCCUCGCACGACUGCGUGCACCCACCGAAGCAGUUUUGGAACCAUAAGGGUCUACUGUCGGCCCUCGACAAGGAGGCUGUACGCCGCGGCUACCAGGUGUACAAGGAGGUGUGCUCCUCGUGCCACUCACUGCAGUACAUUGCGUACCGCAAUCUGGUCAACAAUUGCAUGACCGAAGCGGAGGCGAAGGCACAGGCCGAGCAGGUGAUGGUGAAGGAUGGACCCGACGAGAACGGCGAGUACUUUGAGCGUCCGGGCAAGCUGUCCGACUAUUUGCCGUCGCCCUAUCCGAACGAGGACGCCGCUCGCUCGGCCAACAACGGAGCCUAUCCGCCGGACCUGAGCUACAUCGUGUCCGCCCGCAAGGGCGGCGAGGACUACAUUUUUGCACUGCUGACUGGCUACUGUGAUCCACCAGCUGGGUUCGUGCUGCGCGACGGCCAGUACUUCAAUCCGUACUUCUCUGGCGGCGCCAUAUCGAUGGGUCAGGUCAUCAACAACGAGGUUGUGACCUACGCUGACGAGGAGGUUGCCCCAUCGGGGUCCCAGAUUGCAAAGGAUGUGGUCACGUUCCUCAAGUGGACCUCGGAGCCGGAGGCAGAUGAGCGCAAGCUGCUGCUGAUCAGGGUGUUCCUCAUUUGUUCAUUCCUGAUUGGACUCAGCUACUACAUCAAGCGCCAUAAGUGGUCGGCGUUGAAGUCACGCAAGAUUUUCUACGUGCCGGAGGUCACUGGAAACGGAAAUGGCCAGAGCAAGGGAAACGGCCAUGGCAAUGCAAAGGCCAAGACCGAUGAAGCUUGCCCCAAACAUGAGCGCAACAAGAAGGAGGGAUAUGGCAAGAAUAACUAUGGAUAUUGGAAGCCCAAGUAAUCAUCAUAUACUCAAAUAUUCAUUAAAUGCUGUAUGGAAAAUGUAUUUUCCAAUUCGUACGUAAAAAAAACAUGUUCAAAAACAAUAAUUCACCGCGCGCUGCUAUCGAUAACAAG